AUGAUAAGUUUCAUUAUUGUCUUACUUCUGCCCUCAGUUGUUCAAAGUUGUUUAAAAGUGAGAACAGUGGAGCCACCAAAAUGUGAAUGUUUAUACUAUGCUCUUGAUAAAAACGAUUUCUACGAUACGAUUGACAGCCACCCGUUCAGUAAUCUAACAUUUUAUGGGUCUGAUAAAUUUGCUAAGCCAAUCGUUAAAACCGAUGAAUGCUACGUGUCCCUUUAUUGUGAAGGAGAUUUCAGUCUAGUAGUUCUUGAUACACAGAAAACUACUAUUUUUGGUGCGUAUUCUGCAGAUGGUAUGUGCGAUCCUUUAGUUCAAAAAUGGCUCGUAGACGAUGAAACUGGAUUCGGGUACUAUGACAGACUUUACGGGACCUGUGUAGAUUUUACCAAUGGUGGACAUUUACCAUCUACUAAAAACCCGAAAACAUGUGGUUGUGUGUACAAAUCACUCGAUAGCGAUAAUGUCAAGGAAUAUGCUUCUCACUUCGACAUUUAUCCGACGCUUCUAUCUAAAUAUAGACUGGAACCGGCUUUAUUGAGUGGUACAGAUGAAAAUGGGUGUGCAACUUACUGGCAUUGCAGCUCUAACAAUCUCAAGAAAAUUGUUGUUGAACAGUCAAGAGCUUAUGAGACUACUGGACCGGAAGUUGUUACUUGCUAUUAUUUCGAGAAUAAAAACUCGUAUGAAUGGUCCAUAAUUCCUGGAGAUAAUAAAGAUGCAAUGAGUACUUUCAUAUACGUGACUUGCAUUGACUAUGCUGUUCCUAUGCCUACCUUACUUCCACCAAGUACUCCAACCUGCUCCUGCAAAACUGAUUUGUUAUUAGACCGCAGUAUAAUGUAUCCUGCUUCUCUAGUUACAAAUUGGAACAUCCAAGCAGAAAUCAGUGAAGACAGAUGCAAAUGGAAAAUAUCUUGCAAAGAAAAUGAUGAUGUCAUCUUCACAUAUGAUGACGAUUCAUCUGUGAAAGUCUCUGUGAAGAGCCAGUUGCUAUCUGCUCAAUGUGACUUGGCAAGUAAAAAAUGGAUUGUCAGAGCGACUGUCACAAAUGAUACUUUGGCGUACGUCGUGGAUACUUUGAAUUAUGCAUGUGCUCGUAAAUAG